GCCUGCCCGGAAAGCUAAUUUCAGGCGCCUCGCUAACCCUCGCCUCAAUCGCCAGGGCAAUAGGGUGGGAGCGAAGGGUUUGUUGACUCAUGUAUUUAGCACUUUUUGUUCAAAUAUCUGAAGCCCGUCUCUGGAAAACGCAGCAAGUGGAGCUGAAUUUGCAGUAAUACAGAAAAAAAAAAAAAACAUGGAGGGGGACAACUGCAGUUUUCCUCCGGAUUUGUCCGAUGAUCAUUCGCAAAGGGGAAGUGUGGCUUCUUCUGCAACCCUUUCCCGCGCUCAGGAUGUGCUCGUGUAUUUGUUCGGUGAGAGCGCCGUACACUUGUCGGUCGAAGGGCUCGGCAGCGUCUCCGUGCAGGAGUUGGGCCGCAGCGUCCGCGAGGCUCUGCAGAUCCCCGAGUCGGCGCAGGAUGCUUUCGCCUUUUGGCUCUGCUCGCCACUGCUUGAGCUGCAGUUAAAGCCGAGGCAUCAGCCGUACAAACUGUGCAGGCAGUGGCAGGAUUUGCUGUAUCGAUUCACCGACGCGUCAGAGGAAGACAUUUCACAAGACGAACCAUAUCUACAGUACAGACGUAAUGUGUUUUAUCCCAAAUCAAAAGAGCUACAGAUAGAAGAUGAGACGGUGUUGAGACUUCUUUUUGAGGAGGCCAGGAGCAACAUCCUCACAGGCCGAUACCCGUGUGACCCCGAGCACUGGGCGGGGCUCGGAGCCUUGUCCCUGGCUCUAGAAGAGGGAGCGGGUCUGGACAGCCAGCAAACCACUGCUAAAAUCAGGGAAAAGAAGCUGCCUUCCUUUGUGCCGGCUCAUGUUGCCACGGGCAGCGGAGGCUUUUUCUCCACUCUGCGGGGGAAAUCGAGCCGUCAGGCAGAGCUGGAGCAGAAACUGUCCAAGGAGUACAGACAGCUCAGCGUGUCUACGGGAACGUCUCCUGAGCCGCAGCAGCUCCUGCACCAGUACCUCAGGAUGUGUCACGUUCUGCCUUAUUAUGGGUGCGCCUUUUUCUGUGGGGAGAUUGACAAACCUGUGCAAGGCAUCCUCCAGCGGGGAAAACGUAAAGCUGUCAGCGUUGGGAUCUGCCUGGAGGGGGUUUAUGUGAUUGAUGUGAAGGAAAAGCAUGUGCUGCUCGGGCUACGUUUCAGCGAGCUUUCGUGGGACCACAGCUACCCUGAAGAGGAGGGAGACUCACACAUCCUGUGGCUGGAGUUUGACGGAGAGGAGGACGGCACGGCCGUCAACAAACUGCUGAAGAUUUACUCAAAACAAGCCGAGUUAAUGAGCGGCUUCAUUGAGUUCUGCGUGGAGCUGAAGUCCGCAUCAGAAGGGGGCGCUGCAGCCGAGGCGGGCGGCGAGACGGGCGCUCCUCAGGAGCCCGCAGGACAAGAAGCCGGCGCCAGGAACGGCCGCGGAGGAAGGCGUGGGAUGCUGCAAAGGCAGGGCAGCGUCGUGUGCAGCCGGGUCCACUCCCUGAACACCAUCAGCUACGUGGAUAAUGGUAAAGAAAUCAAGCGCUUGAAGCCGAAAAGAGCUGCAUCCUUCUUUGCUCGACAAGCCCCGGCGCCCACCUACUCUGCUGUGCAAACUGAGAGCCUGGAGCAGGGUUAAACGCCUCUGCCUCAGUCUCCCCAGAGGACCAAACCGCAACAUUUUUACACUGCGACUUACAAGCCGAAAAAUAAGACUUCUGUCCAAGACGUUUCUCAGCUACACUCUGAUUUAAACCAAGGACCAAACAAGAGGUAUCUAUGUGUGGGUACAUUUAUCAUUUAAAGUGGAGUGCGGGAUGAGAGUUCAUCAAUGUGAAGAACGCGAGCUUUCUAAACUCUAAACCUGCAAAGAUCGAACUGAAUUUGCUGUUCAGCAGUCGCUCCUCGACCCGGGACGAGCCUCAGAGAAACCCGCUAAGUUUUUGAUGUUUCUGAGCUUUUCUGCAGUCCUUCAAACACGUGACACCUCAAAAGGAGCAUAAACCACCGCAGUACCUCUUUUUUUACCUUACGAUCAAGAAUGUCGCAAUUUGUCCCGAUGAACAUGUUACAGCUUCGCCUCGGUCAGCAUGACAAGCACCGCCUGGAGGGGGGGGGGGGGGG